CCCUGUGUGAACAUCAAGUUUGAGAGAUUAGAUCACUGUAUCACCUCAAAUAAAAGCAGAGGCUGGAGAAAAAUUGCUGUUCCGUGAUGUUUAGAGAAGCGGCAACCUGUGGAUUAAGAUGCGAGCCGACAGAAUUCUGGCUUACGCGGUCUGUCAGUCUGCAAGCUCAUUCAUCCACCGCCGUCGUGCAAGAUCCCAUCACACCUUAGAGUUGCUUUUGUCAGGCCUGGCCCAGAAACCACUAAUGGUAGCAGUUUAAACCUAAGACUACUCAGUCGCUGCCCACCUUGAAAUGACUAAGUUGGCUGCGCCUGAAAGACAGCAUUGUGUGUGUAAAAACUACCACGGUGACAGACAGCAGGACAGGCCUUCAGUGGACUUGCUUGAGCCUCAAUGGAUACUGCAACUUCCGGUGCAGCAAAAUUCAAUCUUGACGAAGCAAAAUACAUCCACAAGAUCCACUAAAGAGAGGGUGCCCAAGCAUGCUAAAGAGGAGGUGUGGCGUUGUGCUAGACCUCCUUAAACUCAGAUGUCUAUGUUCCUGAUUCAGAGCUCGGGUUGGUGCGGUAAGAACAGAAACAGGCUGCCCUUACUGGGCGGAUCAGACUUCUCACUCCAUCUGCGUGGACGGGACCACACAUCUCGGAACUUCCCAAAAGAAAAGCGAGCAAUUUCACUUUUAUUUUGAGCGUUCAAAGACCGAGCAUCAGUCAAAGUCUUCUUUGCGUAUUUCAAAAGUUCUCCACAAACGCGAGGAUGUUUUUUAAAUGAUCAUCGCAUCUAAAAUUCUGAAUGGACGUUCAUCUCUCAGUGCUUCAGAAGGACAUCUGAAUCCUCAAUGUGACCUCACGGUUUUUACAGGUUUUAAAGGAGGUUCGGAGAACAUCUGCUACAUUUAAACUAUAAUAAUGCAACAUCCUUUGGAGAUUGGGGCACACUACUACCCCCCGGAUGUCCAUCCAGACCAAAGGUCUCACAGGUACAGGAGUUUCAUGAUUGAAGAGAUUCUUACAGACCAUCCGGAUCACAAGGUAUCAAGUCCCACUGGAGACCUUCUAAAAUUUGGAGUACAUGCCCUUUUGUCCGCCAGACCAUACCACAACCACUUAGUCCUGAAAGCAGACCAGACUAGUAUCUUGAAGUUUCCAGUGUCUCCUCUGUCCUGCUCGCUCGGGGCGCCGUUGGGCUCUGCGCUUCUGUCCGGAGCUGCGGGUCUGCAGGUGGGCUCUUCCUCCCAUCAUCUCCCGCUGGACCUCCACCUCCGGGGUAAACUCGACCCUGGAGUCGAUGCAGUAAGCAAGACUAAGAAAGGAAGGAGGAGUAGGACUGUGUUUACCGAACUACAGCUGAUGGGCCUGGAAAAACGCUUUGAGAAACAGAAGUAUCUCUCAACCCCCGACAGAAUAGACCUGGCAGAGUCUCUAGGCCUGAGUCAGCUUCAAGUCAAAACAUGGUAUCAAAACAGAAGAAUGAAAUGGAAAAAAAUCGUGUUACAAGGAGGGGGACUAGAAUCUCCGACCAAACCCAAAGGCCGUCCGAAAAAGAACUCCAUCCCCACCAGCGAGCAGCUGUCGGAGCAGGAGAGGAUACGAGAAGCAGACCGGUUAUCCGACGGCGGUGCUUCUUCACUUUCUGAUGCAAACCAAGAGGAAUAAACGAGAACACCCCGGUCCGUGCGAACACGUUUGUCUCCAGGACGCAAACGGGCCUGUAAUCGGCCCUUUAUUUGGAUCAGUGUGCACCGAUGCCUUUAUGUUGGCACUUACAGACUUAACCACUUGGCCUGAUUUUAUACUACCUAUGUUUUGUCUGUUUGUUUGAUUUCGCCACCUUUUGCGGGCCUCGAAAAGUCAUAGUGAACUUUUUCCAGGAACCAGAGCGGGUGGUUGGUAGUGAAUGAUCUUUCUCUCAGCAUUGAAGGCUGUGGUAUCAAGGACUUUUUAUCGGCAUUUAUUGUGCUUUUUUACGCUUUUCAUUGGUAUUUCAAAAAAUAUUUUAGAAAAAUUAAAAUGUCAAUUUUUCGUAGACAGUUUGACGAUUUUUUUUUUAAAUAUGGCAUCACAAAUGACAGCACCAAAGUCAACCAUAAUAUUAAUAAUAAUAAUAAUAACCAUGAAUAAUGUAAAAUUCCUCGUUGCUGUUUUUCGUUUUAUGUUUAGAUUCUUGCUCCAUAUCUGUGAGUCUCCUCGAAUGCGGGCUGUGUAAUUUUAUGCGGAAUUGUUUAUGGCCUAACUGAGCGCCAUCACACCGCGCAUUAAACUUCUUUUGGCGUG